CGCGCAUUCAAGUACAUUUGGAACCAGGGCAUCUAGCUGAAGUCCAGAAGUGUGUAAUUUGGGCCCCAGCCACCACACGCGCUGCCACAACCCGCCCGAGCCAGCUACCAGUAGCGUCACAACGACGAGCGAGUGCACGCCAGUUGGUCGUGGCAUGCACAAGGGACGCACGAGCCGUGGGUGCCGCCACGGAAGCGCCAACGCAUCGAAUCAGGGUGGUGUCUUCGGCCCAAGUGUACCAGUACCGACGUGGAUAAUCCGGAACCCAAGGACGGACGGUUCAUUGAUUCGUCGCCCAAUUCCCACACAACACGUUGUACGCACUACAGUACACCCGUCCGCGACAACUGGAGCCCGCAUGGAGCGCCUGGUCGGUGUCUGCAACGACUUUCCUUGUCUCGCCUUGGAUCCAUCCCGUCCGUCGCGAACUGUUCAAAAUCCAGCAGCUUGGAAACCGCCUGCUCGUGACCGUUCCACGAAACGUUACGCCCACCACACGCUGCACUGAGGUUGGGGGGGCACGUUUCCCAUCGGAAUCAGCUCCAGCCAAGGCAGCUCUCCAACGAUGAAUGAGACAACGGCAACCCUUAGGAACCAGUAGUGGCGUCGACAACCGACGGAGCUCGUGGAGUGGCAGCGUGUCGGAUUGAAGGGUCGCCGACGUCAAUCGUCGAGGUUGUCAACCGAUGCGUCACGUCCGUGAAAUCGACCAAUCAUGUUGCACGGAACGACGGAUUUCCCUGACAGUUUAAAACACCGAUGAAAUCCUCACGAGGCGGAUUGAAAAUUUGACCUAAAAAACAUGGCACCGGAA